CACAUUGCACCCGUGAAUCAAGGGGCUGCUGCUCGACUGACGCCCAACAUGGCACACCUCCUUCCCAUCUUGCUCCGAGUACCGGUAUCGUCCACAGUCGUCAGCAGCAGCAGCAGCAGCAGCAGCCGCCUUUCUCCAGGCAGGUCGCUCCAUCCGAGUUGACGGCUACCGUUAGGACGCUGGUGCAAGUCAUUCUCCGCUCAACCUCGCCCCUUCGUUCCAUUCGCUGCUAUUCAGCAUCGCAGUUCUCCGCCAGCACAUAGCCGGCAUACUUCGUGCGGCUCAAGUACAGUACUCCUUGCCGAUGACCACCCGCGCCCCGUUGGCACCAGUGAAUACCAAUCACGUAUCUACAGCGGCUGAUCACAACCACUGCCAAGUCAGUCAAUCGGGCAGAACCGGAACUUCCAUGGCAAAUCAAAUCUCAAUCACGACCGAAUCGGAAACGACAGCUCUCCAUAGUCAGAAGGUUCAAUGUAUUGACGGCAAGAGCGGUCGGAUUGAAGAGGAUACACCACACUCGCAACAGCUCAACAGCUCAGACAGGCCAAUUGCAGCGAAUGCUUCAACUACGCCUGAUGCUCCGCCUCCGAUCCAGCAGAGCAUCAGCAAAAGCGAGCGGACUGGUCCUUGUACUGCGCCCCACGGCCAGUCUAAUGCAAGCGAAGGGCAUCGACUGCCGAGCGCUCCUGCAUCGAAAGGUCCACAUCAGCCGUUUCCAUCGAUGUCGGACAAGCGAUCUGCCUCUGAUCAAUGCCUCGCACAGCGACCUUCGAGGCCAUCAGUAGAAGGCAGGGGUAUUGCAACAGCUGCGUCUGAAGAGACACUGCAAUUUGACAUCGCGACCCUCAAGCAAGCCUUCACUGCCCAGUACCAUAGUCUCGCAGCCAAGUGCCAAGGAUGGGAGCGCUACGCUGCCAAGCUCAAGGCUCAGCUCGAGGCCCUCGAAAUUGAUCACUCGCUCAUGAAGGAGACGUGUGCACAGCAGACGAUGGAAGCACAACGGCUAGAGGCACGAGUAGAGUCGCAAACCAAGUAUAUUGAGCGCCUGGAGGCGGAAAAUGGAGACUUGCGGGAGAUGUAUCGGGAGAGGGAGAACAGGAGCAGGGAAGUCGAGAGCAGGCUGAGUUCGCUAGAGGAGCGUCUUGCGGCUCGAGCUCCUUCAUCCGCCGCUAGCACCGCAGCCUCGCUUCGUCGUGCUCCUACCGGCUCAGCCUCGCGCAUGGCUUCCCAACACAUGGAGCAACACGUCCAGUCGGUAUUGAAGAAUGUCUACCAGCCACCAUCCCCUCCAAGCUCCGUAACCGACAGCAGCCAGAGUCGGACUCAUAUGGUGGGUCCUCCGCAAGAUGGACGUGCAGCUUUCCACUCUUCAAACAUCAGGUACUCUUCGGACGACGAAGAGCGAAUGCAGCGCGACUUUCGAGCUCCUAGCCCUCUGGACUUUGGCAAUCUUGACAAUACACUAGCUCAGCCUGUACUCUAUCGAUCAGCGCAAGCAACUGCACCGUCUCAAGCGAUUGCCCGCCCUGCCUCUCGGGCAAGCAGUCGCCAGGCUCAGCAUUACGGGAGUGGCAAUAUGGCAGCUCGAGAUGAAGCUUUUCCUCCUCCGAGGGAAGGUGGCCGAGAGUCUCGCCUUGGUCACCGUCGACCAGACGAAGGAGUCAAGCAGCAUGUGGGUGGAUCUGCAGGAGAAGCUCGCUGUGUCGACGACAACGGUAGUGCUCAUGCUGGCGAAGGGGAAAGUAGCGAGCUCAUCAAGGGGUCGCAUUCCAACGGCGUGCAACCUCUUUUGCACAAUGAUGAGCAGCCCUAUGGACGACCGCAUUCCAGAUUGAACCACACGCGAGAGGGAGCACCCAGCCCUCCCAGCUUGGAUGCACGAACGGACAACCGACCUCGAGGGAUUGAUCGCACGGACAAACAAGUUCUGGAAGGAGCAAUCUUUACCAAUGCAUACCCUUCCCAUUUCGUGCGAAGUACCUCGGCUCUUGGUCUUGCAGCUCCGCAGUAUCCCUUUGUCAGAAGCGGCAGUGCAGCCAGUAUCCAGACAGUCACGAGCAGCAAUGGCAUGACAGGCAGUUGGCCCCAUGUUCGGUCCUCUACCGAUCCACUUCUGGCGACAAUACACGGACAGCAAGCGACCAAUGUAGUCCGACCUCUGCGUCGCUCCUCCUUCCAUCAGCAGCAGCAGCUGGCGCAAAUGCAAUCGCGCCGUAAUAGCGUCACUACCUCCCGCUUGUCAAACUACUCGAGCGACGGUGGUACCGGGCAGAUUCCCGUCAGGAGAGGAGGUUCGAGGAUGCCCAGCAGCCGAAACGGUAGUGUCGGCGUUCAUGAUGCGAUCCCAAUCGUCAAGGACGAUGUCUUCUCCGACGGGAAGCAGAACAUUCUGCCGGCCACGACAGGCAGAAAGAGCUCCAUCAGCUCCGUGGCAAAGGCGCGAAUAGCUUCAUCCCGACCUAGCGGUGCGCCUGGACAAGGUCAAGGAGAGCAGAGCGAGCAGAACUUAGCACCUCAGCAAAUCAUUGGCCCUCCAGAUGGUCGCACAUCGGCUCUAGCCAAUCACUACAACGAGCGUCAUGUGCCCGCUCAAAUGCUUAGAGGACGAGACUCUGACGAGGUCAAUCUUGCUCCGGGCUCCCACUUCUCUCCUCCGUCCAGCUCUGGUCGGGAAGAGCAAAGAGAUGCUUCCUCGUCUACGCAGUACGCGACCUCGUUGCCUCUGUCCCAGUCUACCAACCAGAGCAUCAUACAAGACGUGUCUUGUGCCUCUACCUCUGCUUCAGUAGCAGAAGAGACUUCGGCAAUCGCGGCAGCCGAAGCUCGACGUGGUGCCCAUCGACGCCUCUACCUUUGCCUUCGGGAAGAGCUCUCCCCAGAGGACCUGCAGAAAUUCGAGCGAUACGUGCACCGCUACGAUGCCCUCGAGAUUCCCGUGGAUGGCCCGCGUGGCCUGGUAAACCGCGUCAAGAAGUUGCUGCUGCUUUCUGAUGCCACGUUGCGCGAGAGACCCGAGGAAUGGAAGAGGCGAAAGGAGCUGGCGAGGGAGUUUGAGAGAGUCGUCUCUGCCGAUACGUGAUGGGCUGCAGCAGAGGCUGUGGGAGCAGCCGGAAGCGAGACUGCCGAUCCU